CCAAAAUGGCUCCCUCCACCGUGAUAUGUAUUGGUAUGGCCGGUUCCGGCAAAACCACCUUCAUGCAAAGACUUAAUGCCCACCUCCACUCCAAAAAGACUCCCCCCUACGUGAUCAACUUGGAUCCUGCCGUGUUGAAAGUGCCGUUUGGGGCCAACAUCGACAUCAGAGAUUCAGUCAAGUACAAGAAGGUCAUGGAAGAGUAUAACCUCGGUCCCAACGGUGCCAUCGUGACUUCGUUGAACUUGUUCUCCACCAAGAUCGACCAGGUGAUCAAGUUGGCUGAAAAGAGAUCCGAUAAGGUCCAGAACAUCAUCAUCGACACUCCUGGCCAGAUCGAGUGUUUCAUCUGGUCUGCCAGUGGGUCCAUCAUCACGGAGGCGUUCGCUUCUACCUUUCCUACUGUGAUCGCCUACAUUGUGGACACCCCCAGAAACUCGUCCCCCACCACUUUCAUCUCCAAUAUGUUGUACGCAUGCUCCAUCCUCUACAAGACCAAGUUGCCCAUGAUCAUCGUAUUCAACAAGACGGAUGUCAAGAAGGCCGACUUCGCCAAGGAGUGGAUGACAGACUUUGAGGCGUUCCAGCUGGCAUUGAAGCAGGACCAGGACUUGAAUGGAGAAGACGGAACUUCUUCAGGAUACAUGAGCUCGUUGGUCAACUCGAUGUCGUUGAUGUUGGAAGAGUUCUACAGUCAGUUGGACGUGGUGGGUGUCAGCUCCUACACUGGCGAGGGCUUUGAUGAGUUCUUGGAUGCCAUCGACAACAAGGUGGAAGAGUACAACGAGUUCUACAAGGCCGAAAGAGAGAGAAUCCUCAAGAAAAAGGAAGAUGACGAAAAGAAGAGACAGGCUGCCUCGUUGAGCAACUUGAUGAAGGACAUGGAUAUCAAGGACAAAGACAAGAAGCCCCAGGACUCGGAAGUGUUGUCUGACUAUGAGUCCGACGAAUAUCAAGGAGAACUUGCCAGAGACGAAGAUGAGCCUGAAAGAGAAUACACUUUCCCCGAAGACAGAAACUCGGAAAUCAACGAAAGAACCGAUCCGGAUUUGCAGGCCAGAUACCAGGCCGCCUUUGAAUCCACGGCCAAGACCGCAUCCUCAAAGACUGCUGAAACCAUCGCAGCCUACAUCAACCGUCUGAACUAGUUUUCCUCCUACAGAAUACAUUAAGGAGUCGAAGUGAUUGGUGAUCGCAUUGAUCAUUCCUUACUCAUGCAACGAGACGCUUUCACAACUUUGUUCCAUUGUGUCUUUGUACAUACUAGGAAUAUCUAUUCUCCUAUCCACGCUUGUCACCACGGUCCUGUCAAAAUUUUAGCUACUUAAUCAUUUGAAAACCCUGAAAAAACCUCGUCAAGGUUGUAAGGUCUCGCCCACUCAGCCUUGAAAAUAAUGUGAGGCUUGUGCUUGGCCAAAUACAAAAUCGUCUUGCCGAAUUCAGAAUUGCACCAAGCAAACCAUGAUCUAGUAUAGUCGUACCCACCCCUGGAGUUUACUUGUAUACUCUCGUGCAUCAAUCCCAAUCCAGCAGUAUUUUCCAUAAUAAAUUUCAAUGAUGUUUGGAUUUCGUCAUCAUCAUCUGUAGUUCUCAUUCUGACUAAUAAAGACAUCGGCCAUGCGUUUUGAAUUCCAAUGUGUGGGC